CCCUACUCCUUAAUCUUAAAUUAAAUGCUUAAGUACUAACUGGAUCUCGUUUGAAACAGAGGACAAAAUAAGGCAUAAACUACAUAAAUAAAUAAAAAACGCAUUAGACAUAUUUUUCUAUUUGUGAGCAGCGAGGAAUUAGUGAACAUUAAUCAUUGUUUGCUCAAUAAAUAGAGGGAGAAAAUUGAUAUUCCAUUAAAUGAAUGUCACACAUAUCAAGGAGUGUUUAAGCCUUAUGGAACGCUAGCUUGAAUUGAGUUGUCCAAAGUGGUGAAAUCGAUUAACUUCAAGUGAAGGACAGAGAAGGACUUUGAAUUGCUCAAUCUUCUGUAGGGUUGGAGUUAUUCCUUUUCCUGGAUGGACACAAGACCAAUUAAUGCAACACGCAAUUUGGUUUUUACACGUAUGUGAAUGUACAUGUAUGUAUAUUUGGUAUUUGUAGGUUUGCUUACAUGCAUACAUUUUUUUUAAGUUGCAUUUGAUCAAUGUAACUUGCAAUUUGGUCAUAAUAGGAUAAAUGACUUACGGUAUAGUUGAGCAAAACUAUGAAAAGUAUGACUAGACGUCUUUGAAUAUCAACAUUCAUAUUAUAUUGUUGUGUAUUUACUUUCAAGACUCAUAUAAACAAUUGAAGUGAUCAACAAUAAAUAUAUGAGGCUAUAUGGCCUAGAUAUCGCGUCCAUCUCACCGAAAACUGGAUUCCUCUGUAAUCCACAAUGCGUAUUGGUUUGCGAUUAUAGUCGACAUUUCAUCACUUCUAUAUCUCUUUCAACAUCCUUGUACUUAUAAGACAUUUAAUUUAAAAAUUAAGAUUUAAGAAUGAAACUUAAAGUUUGAAGAAUUAUAUAUCAAGGAUAACCUUAAUCAGAAGCAAAAUCAAGAGACAAUGGAGCUCGUUAAUGAAAUUCUCCCACUACCAAAUAGGAGCUAUAAAACUAAACGUUGUUAUCAAAUUUUUGGUUUAUUAUUAGGUUAUCCACCAUCAAAUAACAAUGACUUAACUUGUCACAAAAGUGGUUUUCACAAUUUCAGUGGUAAAAAAAUAUUUCAGUGAGAUACCACUUUCGAGUCCAAUGUAUUGACUGACCCAUGGGCUUGGUUGGAUGUUCAUUUACCUCUUAUGGCUCUUCGGUCGUGCUUUAGAAGAAGGCGGGAGAAGCCCAUAUCGGCUGAAAGGCCCAUAGCAAGUCCAGUUCUCUGUCUCGUCAUCCUUCCCUUGCCUUCUCAGCUCUCGCCUUUACUUUACAGGGAAGGGAAGAGUUAAGUCGCAGACUUGCAGUAGCGGAACAGAGAGGGUUUUAGAAAUUUGUACGAGAGCGCCAUGCCGGAAGCUAAGAGCAGAAAGCGCAAGAGAGGGAAGAAGACUGGCAGCAAGCCGCAAAUUCAACAACAGAAGGAGAUUAAGUCGAACGACAACACAAAGGCCAAACAUGGUGGUCAAAGUAACGAACUUGCUGCCGCUUCGAAGCGGCCAAAGCCGUCGUCUUCUUCUUCUUUCCUUGAUAAGAUGAAAGCCAGAUUAGCUGGAGGGCAUUUCAGAAUGCUGAAUGAAACGCUCUACACUUGCACUGGAGGGGAGGCAUUUAACUAUUUCAAAGAAGAUCCAUCGUUAUUUAACAUGUAUCAUGCAGGGUAUCAAGAACAAAUGUCACACUGGCCUGAGCAACCUGUAAAUGUAAUCAUAAAGUGGCUAAAAGAUCAUAACCGUUCGUUUGUUGUUGCCGAUUUUGGCUGUGGAGAUGCACGCCUAGCGAAGAGUGUACAGAACAAGGUGUUCUCUUUUGAUCUCAUUUCCAAGGAUCCUUCAGUAAUCGCUUGUGAUAUGUCAAAAACCCCCCUUGAUUCUUCAGCUGUAGAUGUAGCUGUGUUUUGCCUUUCACUGAUGGGCACUGAUUAUCCGAGUUACCUUAAGGAAGCACACCGGGUGCUUAAGCCAGGUGAUUGGCUUCUGAUAGCAGAGGUAAAAAGUAGGUUUGAUCCAAUUACUGGAGGGGCAGACCCAAAUAAGUUUGUGAAAGCCAUUUCCGAGUUGGGAUUUACAUCUGUGCUGAAGGAUUUCUCAAACAAAAUGUUCAUUUUGUUCCAUUUCCAGAAGAAGGAGAAACGGGAAAGCUCGAAGAGUAAAGCAAUUGAGUGGCCGGAGUUGAAGCCUUGCUUAUACAAGCGUCGGUGAUAUCGCAAAGUCCAAAGCCUACUUACUGUUUAGGUUCAUAGGAGUUGUGGUUUGAUUUGACACUAUCCUUAAGAUAUACAGCUUCUGAAUCUCUUAUAUGUAGCAAGUAUCUCCCUUUGUCAGCUUGCUUGAUGGAAUGCCUUGGUAUUUGCAUAAAACUGAGGCUUGACGAGUUUAAGGAAUGAGAAAAUGCCUACUGUUUUGUCUUUGUAUUCCGAGUUCGGACUUCGGACAUAGGUUGAUCCAAGCUCACUCACAUUGUAUCUCUUUUUGACUUUGUAAGCGUGCUUAAUGAAGUGCCUCGGUUUUGGUCUAGUCCCAAUGAAUAAAGCUUGUGAUCUUCCAUUAAUGAACCCAAUUUCGGUUCCAUGUGUUUGUUUCUUUGAGGAAUUGGCUUCUGAGAACUCUCCAUCCUUAUCAUAGCCGUAUUGGUUAGAUAAAUAGAGUAUGUGUAGGACGAGUAGUAUUGUGUUAUACUACGAGUACUAGUAUGUAAUUGGGUAGAGUUAUAUUCCUUAUUAGUAGCAGUUUUCGUGGAGCAUGGUCUUCUUCAACAUCGACACGAAGUUUGGGAUUAGUAGCAGUUAUCGGUUUCUUAGUUUUUUUUUUUCUUCCUCUUUUUGUGUUAGUUUUUGUUUCGGUUUUCAAAUUGUUGGUAUGUAAUUACCAUCAAUUUGGGGAGGGUAUAGAGUAUGUGUAGUACGAGUAGUAUUGUGUUAUACUACGAGUACUAGUAUGUAAUUGGGUAAAGUUAUAUUCCUUAUUAGAGUCGUAGAAGUUAGGUUAUUUCCGUUGUGUUAGGGUUAUUUUAGAAGUCAUUCUUUGUACUCUAUAUAAACCCUAAGUGGUAUCAGUAAUAAUACACAACAGUUUCCAUCGUAUUCUGAUUUCUCAACAUCAAUGACCUCAAAAUGCAAUGCAUUAUGCACCCAUCGGGCUCCUUGGCUCUUUUUAACUAUUAUGACGGAGAAAGAAAAAUAGCAAAGAAGUAGACCUCGCAAAUUACCAUCCGAUUUGUUGAUCCGAUCCGAAGUCGCUCAAAAAAAUAGAAGUUUUUUUAACCCAAAAAUCCGAAUGAUCCAAACUCGAUUAACCUGUGAUUUUUUUGGGUCAGAUUGAUGGGUUAGCCGAUUGACCCGUUAAACCCAUUCUAUUUCAUAUGUCACUCAAAAAAUGAUAAAAUCACUCAUAAAUUGUUGAGAUGUUUAAAAAAAUUCACAAGAUUUUGAAAGACAUGUUUGGAUUUUAAUUAAGGAUAAUCAAAUAUCAUGUGUUUCUUGUAGUAGUAUUACUCUUGUGAUUAUUUUUUGACAAUUUAUGCAAUUUGUAUUUCAUUUCAUUAGCAUGGGGAAUUUGAGAAUAUGUUAAUGAACAUGUUCUAGGUAAACUAUUGCAAUGCACAUGUUUUUUACGAUUUGAUAUUGUUUCUGAUAGCGCCCAUAAUUCCGACCUGAAACCCGAGGAAUUGGGUCAAUAUUUGACCUGAAAGCAACCAACCCAAUAUUACCUGCGCCGUAACCGAGUCCCAACCCCGAAAUUAACCAACCCAACCUAAUUGCCAGGUCUACAAAACAAGGCAAAAUAUUUAAUGCCGGAAACCCUAAAAUAAUAUUCUUUCGAUUUAGAUGGAAAUUGAAAAACAAAAAGAGAGGAACUGAAGAGAAGACGGGGCGCGGGGAAAGACCGUAAGAAUCAAUUAGUGUAUUAUCAUUUGAUGUAUUGAAUCAAUUGAUGUAUUAGAAAAAUAUCUUGUUUGGAGAUUUAGAUUGUGGUUUGUUGUAAAGUCACAAAAGUCAAUUUUGAGUGAUUGUGAAGAAUCUUAACAAAAAGUUGAAAUUGAU